AUGGUUUUCACUGAUGCGCAUAAAGACUUGCUUAAAGAAGGCCAAGAAUGGAUGAAAAACAUGGCAUCGUCAAGUACCGUGGUAGCAACACUCAUAGUCACAAUGGCAUUUUCAGUUGCCUUCGCGGUCCCUGGUGGAAACAAAAACGAAGGAAAUCCGGUGUAUUUGGAUAGAGGAGCCUUUAUGCUUUUUAUCAUAUCAGAUGCCAUUGCAUUAUUUUCUUCAGCUACUUUGGUGUUAAUGUUCCUAGGGAUUCUGACUUCACGCUACGCAGAAGAUGACUUCCUUUACAUGUUGCCAAAGAGAAUGACGAUCGGCCUUGUGUUCUUGUUCUUGUCGUUAGCAGCUACGUUGGUAGCAUUCAGCGCAACUCUUUCACUAAUGCUUCAAGAUAAAGUGACAUGGAUUGCAGCUCCUCUUCUUGUAGUAACAAGUAUUCCUGUGGGUCUAUUUGGAGUGCUACAGUUCCCUUUGCUCAGUACGAUGGUCUACUCCACAUAUGGACCAAGCAUCUUUCGCAUGCAGGACAAGAGAUUGAUGCAUUAG